CUCUUCUUUUCUCUUCCUUUCCCUUCCCUUCUUUUCUCUUCCCUUUCCCCUUCUCUUCUUUCCCCUUCCCCUUCCCACCUUCUUUUCCCAUUCCUUUCCUUCUCUUCCUUUCUCUUCCCUUCCAUGCCAUGAGGAUUGUCAAGGCAGCUUGGAGCAGGAAAGAGAGAGGACAGGACAGACCAUCCCUCUGGGAGAACCUAAAGGGGAGUUUUGAGGACUAGCAAUCAAAAGAGGGGAGAAGAAGUGGGUUGUUGUUGUUCUUUUCCCUCUGUGUCCCAAAGCCUGGCCCAGAUGGCCUUGUGCUGAGGGCCAAGAAGGGAUGGGGACUGGCCUCUGCACCCGGAGGCAGAAGGGCCUCCUCCAGAUGGGCCUGGGCCUGGUGGCGCUGGCCUGCCUGGGCUCUGGGGUCUUCCUCUACGACCGCUUCCAGCAGAAGGUGGCUGGGGCCCAGGCGCUGGCCCUCAAGUACAAGCAGCAACAGGAGGCCCUUUCGGCCCAGCUCCAAGUCGUUUACGAACAUAGAUCCCGUCUAGAACGAUCUUUGCAGAAGGAGAGAGGAGAACAUAAGAAGACAAAAGAAGAUUUUCUAGUGUAUAAGUUAGAGGCACAGGAAGCCCUCAAUAAAGAAAAGCAAGAUUCCAUGAAUAGAUACGGUGCUUUGAGCUCACAGCAUAAGAUACUAAAGAAUCAACAUGAAGAAGUCAAGAAACAACUGGUUGAUUUACAGCUACAGCACAAUGGGCUCAAACUGGAGCAUCGCAAAAUAGUGGAAACCCACAACCAAAAAUAUGCCCAGCUGCAGCGGGAGAAGGAUAGUGAGAUACUGGGUUUGCAGGAUACAGUUUACAAGUUAAGAGAAGAAAGUAAGCUGCUUCGGAAGGCCCAUCAGGAUGUUCAUUCACAACUCCUUGGUGCUCAGGUCCAGAUUGAUGAGUUCAGACAGCUUAAGGAAACCCUUCAGAAAAUGCCAAGUUUCAAGGAGGUGGCUGUGGUGAAAGGACAGCAGAAGCCACUGGCUAAGGAGCAGCCACCAGCGCCAGCUCUUGGCCCACUGCAAGUUGAUAGAUCAAAGCUCUUGAUGGGAAGUGAAGCAAAAGCGCCUUUGAGCCCCCUGGAACAGGCUGCUGCCCCUGGGAGCUCCCUUAUUGCUCAAGCCAUCAAACACCAGGAAGAAGAAAGGCUAUCUGAUGGCCAGAUUUCACCUAGAAAUGCUGGUCCUAAGCUGCAAGGCAACAUGCCAUUGAGUCAGCUAGCCCCACCUGAUGAGGUUCAUUUGCCACCUGCAGCCUGGGCUCCGGCAGGGCAAAGGGACAGCUCCGUUAUUCGCUUCACAAGGAUGGUCAACAGUGUGCAGAAUGGGAACCAGGAUCAAAAAUCAAUGCAGAGCACGCAGGCAGAAAGUGAGCACUCUGAAGGUGUUGCACAUGGCUUCAGGCUUUCACCUGCUUUAGAGGCGAUGCAGACUUUGGAUAAACAGCCCUCCAUGGGAAGCAAGCGUGAUCCUGUGGUGCAGAGCUGGCAAGACAUUGUGAAAAAAGUCAAUGCCCAGCUGGAUGAGAAGCAAACCCCUCCUUACCCUCAAAGCCUUUCUGAACAGCUGGUGGCAAAUGGCAUUCAAGUGAUGGGCAGCCAACAGGAAGGUGCAGAGCAGCACCAGCAUCCAUCCAACUGGGCAGGUGGGAAAGGAGUCAUGGAUGUGGAAGAGCUUCAAAUGGAUGCGGGCAUGAUUGAAAGAGAAGAAAACCUGCACUCUCAGGAGGAGGCAGUUGUUCAGAAAUCUGUGGUGCCUGACAGUGCUGCUGACCCUGGCCAGGACCCCAACAAUCAAGGGGAAGAUGAGUUUGAGGAGGCAGAGCUGGAACGCCCAGACUUCGAAGAGAAAGUGAAUCAGGGUGAUGAUGGACUUGGGCAAACAAAUGGGCUAUCUGAAGAUUCAACCAAGAAAAAGAUCCCAAAAGUGGAUGCUGCUGGGCUCAAGAAGAUUUCAAAUGAUCCGAUGGAUGAUUAUCAGGAAGACCAAGAGCAAGAUCUUGAAGAUCGCAGAGGUGGACUGGAUGAUGCUGAUGAUCUGGAGCUGGUCCCUGAACUCAAAGACCAGAUGGACAGAGGUAGCAAAAAAGAUUACUUCUGACUCUGAUUCCAGCUUGUGCUGGGAGGCUGGAUGAAGACUUCAGAAGGAAGAUCUGGGCUGUGGCAGUUACAAUAGAGUUGGAUUCUGUGCUUGAACUUCUCCAAAAGAAAUGAGCCCUGGUUGCUGCUUCCAGAAAGAGGACAGUUUGGGCCCUAAAGCAGGGCAGACGUUUUGCAGCGAGGCACUAUUAGCCGAGGGCUGCUUGCUUUGUCCUUUCCGAUGUCUUGGACUUACCUAACUGCUUUUGAUUCUGCAGUUUCUUCAUCUUUAUAUUAAAACAAAGAGAAUCCUUUUUGGUAAA